CCACAGUCUAUCAUCACAUUAUUGAUUCCAUAGUUACAAAAUUUGAGAGAGAAAGAAGAAGUUAAUCAUUCAAGUAAGCAUUUCAAUGGCUACCAUUGUUGCUCCUAGCCAAACUUCUCCUGUUGAAGAUGCUGAAGCUCUAAGACUUGCUUUCAAAGGAUUUGGUGCUGAUAACAAGUCCAUUGUAGCAAUAUUGGGCCAUAGAAAUGUUCAUCAAAGGCAACAAAUUAGAAAGGCUUAUGAGGAGCUUUUCGAAGAGGAUCUCAUCAAACGUCUCGAGUCAGAGAUCUCUGGUGAUUUUGAGAAAGCUGUGUACCGCUGGAUGCUGGAACCUGCAGACCGCGAUGCUGUUUUGAUCAAUGUAGCAAUCAAGCAUGGCAGCAAAAACUCUCACAUCGUUGCUGAAAUCGCUUCCGUGCUAUCAGCCGAAGAGCUUUUGGCCGUGAGGCGCGCUUAUCGUAUCCGCUACAAGCGUUCCAUCGAGGAAGACGUGUCUGCUAACACCACCGGUCAUCUUCGUCAGCUUUUGGUUGGGCUAGUGAGCUCGUAUAGGUACGAAGGAGAUGAAAUCAAUCCGAAAUUAGCACAAACCGAAGCUGGUAUCAUUCAUGAAAGUCUCAAAGAAAAGAAAGGAAACAAUGAAGAAGAAGUCAUUAGAAUUCUCACUACAAGAAGCAAAACUCAACUUGUGGCGACUUUUAAUCGCUAUAGAGACGAACAUGGCGUCUCCGUUAGUAAGAAAUUGUUGGAUCAAACAUCGGAUGAUUUCCACAAGGCAUUGCACACGGCUAUUCGUUCGAUCAAUGAUCACAAAAAGUACUAUGAGAAGGUUUUGCGCAAUGCGAUUAAAAAGUUUGGAACGGAUGAGGAUGGACUAAGCCGCGUGAUUGUUACGAGGGCCGAGAAAGAUUUGAGGGAGAUCAAAGAGCUGUACUACAAGAGAAACAGUGUUCAUCUUGAAGAUGCAGUGUCCAAGGAAACUUCAGGAGAUUACAAGAAGUUCCUUCUUGCUCUUUUGGGGAAGCAAGAGUAAAAGUACUUAAUCUAAGGGCAUGUUUGGAUAAUGUUUAAGUUAUGGUUAUGUGAUGAUCAUAGUGUGUUUUGUUAAGGUGUUGUUUCUGUUUUAAUGGUUGCUUUUGAUGAUUUGAACUUAUAUGUUGUGAUGUUUCCUUUGGGAUAUGCUCUUAUGCUUGCUAGUUAGACUAAUGGAGAGUUAUUAAUAUUAAAAUAAUAUUGGGUUAUGUUCU